CCUCGAUUAUUAUGAAUAUUUUGACCUUUGGUAUUACGUCCUCCGAAAAAGUUUAAAGAAUCAUCGACAGUCUGCAAUCUCCAAACCUCCCACUCUCAACUUCUUUUGAAACACGGCCCAACACACGCGUCGAAGAAAGAUGGCGAGUUUGACCAUUCAAGAGAGGGAUGGGAGAUCCAUAAGGAUGCGAUUAUUGCAAAUCGCCAUCAAGCCUUUCCGACCCAUGCUCGUCUCGCCCAGAAAGACGCCUCCGACGGCCGAUCGGUUGACUGUGCCGAAAAAGAUCAAGAGGCACUACUGUGUUACCGAGAGAAAAGCCGAUGGGAUCUGGGUGUACAACUUGACACAAAACUCACAGAAUCCAGCGCGAGACCCCUCCCCGGAGCAUUGCCACCGACGAAUCUUGUACUUCGCUGGCGGGAGCUGGCAGAUGCCUCCGAGUAAGGCUCACUGGGCUUUCUGCGCCGAGUUGGUCCGCCGGAUGGAGGGUACCAAGGUCACGAUCAUUUCUUGCCCUCUGGCGCCGGAGCAUCCAGUCUCGACAGCCUUCCCCCACAUUGAAAGGGUCUACAAACAACUCAUGACGGAGUCGACAAAGGCCGGUGAGAAGGUGGUCGUUGCAGGCGAUAGCUCUGGGGGGAACCUCGCAUUGAGCCUCGUCGCCUGGACGCUAAAGACACAGGAAAACGAGAGUUACAACGCGCCCGUGGCUGUCUUGGCAAUCUGUCCGACUACAGAUCUUCGUCACGACCACCCAAAGAUUCAACAGGUCGAGAAGCUGGAUCCUCUUCACACACUCGAGUCCGUGAGGUCGACUGCAAAGGCUUGGUGCCCUGGGCUCCGGAAAUUGAGUUCCGACGAAAAGGGGACCACAGACUGGACUUUCGAUGACCCAAGAGUCUCCCCGAUUCAAGCAGACCUCCGUCUCUUUGGCCGGCAUAAUGUUAGCGUGCAUGGGGUGAUUGGGUCCCGCGACAUUUUGGCUCCAGAGGCCGUCGUGUUCCGGGAUAAGUGUGAGAAGCAUGGUUUGUCGGGAGAAUGGCUGUGUUGGAAUGGCCAAAUGCAUUGUUUCCCAUUGACUUUUAGAUACGGCCUCAGGGAGGGAAGGCAGGGUAUGGAUUGGAUCAUCAGCGUUCUCAGGAAGCACUGAAGCGCGAACAGGCCGACCCCUUGAAGUUGUACAGAGGCCGUCCCGUGAUAGUUGUAUUCCCCUUGUUUCCAGCUUUUGUACUCCCUUC